AUGGGUCUCGAAAAUGAGGCAAUAGCCGGGGCGACGAUUGAAUUACUCGAGUCUCGCCUCCGGCGACUAACCUACCUUCUCACGGGCGACGCAAAUUGGACUGGUGUUCCCACCGCACCCGCGAAACCAGCUUCUUUAGACGACAGUGUCUCGCGCCGUCUUCUCAGCUUAGAGCGAGAGCUUGAGAGACUUAGUCGAAAUAUCCCCGCAGUGCGGGAUGUGCUUCUUCUCCAUGACCGCUUCCCCGAUCUCUUUCGCCCUACACCACCGCAAACGUUCCCAGAAAACCUGUCAACCCAGAAUCUCGCCUCAAUAGUGUUAUCGUAUGCCUCCGCGUUUCCAGAGACCGCCUCGCGACUCACAUCAUUAAAUGAUCUCCCGAUUCCGGAUACGCAGACAUCGGCCUCCCUCAUCCAGCUUCAGCCGCGAUUGGACCAAUUAGCGCAGGUGCAGGAGGAACAGGCGAAGCAGAUCUCAGAACUACGUGUACGGACAGCGCGAGCUUUACAGCGGUGGUAUGAGAUUGCUUUGGUUGGGGGUGGCGAAUGCUGGGCGGAAUGGGAAGGGCGCCUUGAGGAUGUUGAGCGGGAAGUAAAAAGGGAAGAAGUGGUGAGGGAGCGGAGGGCGAAAGAACUCUGA